AUGGAUGAUUUAGACAUUGAAUUAUAAUAUCACUAAAGGACUCAAUUCAGAAAAACAAUCUUGAGUCUAAGUAUUUUGGUUGACUUUACACAAAUUUUAUUGAAACUAGGUAUCUUUUAGGUUCUAACUAAUCUCGUGGAUCUCAAUCAACUAAUUGGCGGCUAUAAUCUGCAAAUUUACACUGACAGUGGCUAUCUUGUAUUGAGAUAAUUUUAACAUAUAAAUCUUGAGAAUUAUAAGCGAUUGCCAAAAUAAAGCAAUUUUAAAUACUUUGAUAUAUUUGAGAAAAAAAUCCUACACCAAAGUGGGUAAUACGACUACGAUGCAUAGUUAAUUCCCCAUAUAUUAGUUAAAUACCUAGAGGAAAAGGAUCAUUUUGAUGUGAGAGUUUACGAGUUAUUAGAGGAUGUAAAUUAAGUUUAUAAAAAUGACUUGCUGAUGGGCGAUAAUCUAAUACUCUAUGUAGGCAUUAGUUAUGUCGAGUAAGUAGUAUUUAGAGAAUCAGGAAUAAUCCUUCAUCAAUAAGACCCUAGACUUUAAUUUGGGAUGAUUACAGAUCCCACAGAGGCUUUUAACAUAAUUACAAAUAUGCCAGAGUAGUAACCCAAUAUCAUAAUGUUAAGGAAAUAAAGGAGACUACAGUACUUAGUGGCGACUAAUAUUUAUAAAUUGGACUUUUAAAAGCUUUAAAAUUUUGCCCUGAGAUAUGCAUACCCUUAUUUAUUAGAACUUAACGAUUAGAAUGAGAAUAUAAUACUAGCUGAUAUGGAAAUAAUUAAGUUUAUAUUGCUCUUGAAAGAAGAGGAUAAGGAACAAGACUUUUUUAAUGAGUUUGAAAAUUUUGCAGUAGAGUUAAAUGGAGUUUUCUAAUACGCCUAUUAUGAUCCAUUUAAUAGUGAUAAUCAAAUAUACAAUUAAAGGUUUAAAGUUGAUAUCGAUUAAAAUGAUUACUAGCCAAUGAUUUUGAUAAUAGAGGAUUAUCCAAGCUAAAAUCAAUAAUAUUAUGGGAAAUAUGAGAUAUUUUACUUUAAGGACAAUGUAGGUUUAAUGAAUGAAGAUGAUUAUAAAGAGAUACUAAAAACAUAUCCUACAUUUGAGUCCUAGGUUAUCUAUAUAGAUCCUGAAUUUGAUUAUGAUGAAUUAUCAUUCUUACAGAAAAUUUAAUUCUAUUUUGAAAAUCAUAAUUACCAAUCAUUAAAAGCCAAAUUUUAUGACAAUAACAAGAUAAAGCAUGUAAGAAGGUGCUUAUUUUGCUUUUGUUUAAAGACAUUCAAGAUUCUAACUAUAUUACUCACUUUGAUUGGACUUUUGCAAGAAGGGUACAAAAGAUAUUUCAGAAAGUAAAAGUAAUGA